AAUCACAUAAAAAUGCCGGACAAGGUAGCACCAGCCGAAAGGCAGCAAGUGAUAGUGCUUCAUGCUUUGAAAAAGAAUAUUUCGGAAGAAAAAAAUGAAGACAGUGGUGUGAAAUUGAAAAAAGAAUUAGGAUUACUUGAUGGUGUUGCAAUAAUCGUUGGUAUCAUCGUUGGUGCUGGCAUUUUUGUUUCACCUAAAGGAGUUCUUACUAAUAGUGGUAGUGUUGGUCAAGCUCUCAUCGUUUGGAUUUUCUCUGGUUUACUUUCACUUGUCGGUGCUCUCUGCUAUGCCGAAUUAGGUACGAUGAUACCAAAAUCGGGUGGGGACUAUGCCUACAUUAGCGAUGCGUUUGGGUCAUUGCCAGCGUUUCUUUACCUUUGGGUUGCAUUAUUUAUUCUCGUUCCAACCGGAAACGCUAUCACUGCACUUACAUUUGCACAAUACAUUCUACAACCUGCUUGGCCAGGUUGUAAACCACCAUAUGCAGCUGUAAGACUUCUUGCAGCAGUUGUUACAUGCCUGUUAACUGCAAUCAAUUGUUAUAAUGUUAAAUGGGCAACAAGGGUUCAGGAUAUAUUUACUGGUACAAAGAUCUUUGCCUUGAUCAUCAUCAUGGUUGCUGGUUUCUGGUGGCUUUGUACUGGUCAUACAGAUAAUUUUCAUCAACCAAUGGCUGGAACAAAUACGCAACCUGGUUAUAUCGCGCUUGCUAUAUAUUCGGGAUUAUUUUCCUACUCUGGGUGGAAUUAUCUUAACUUUGUUACAGAAGAAUUGAAAGAUCCUUACAAAAAUCUUCCAAGGGCAAUUUGCAUAUCUUUGCCAUUGGUGACAGUGAUUUAUGUCUUAGCAAACGUCGCUUACUUUGUUGUAUUGACGCAAGACGAAAUACUUGCAUCGUACGCAGUCGCUGUCACUUUUGGUGAUAAAUUAUUAGGAGUAAUGUCAUGGAUCAUGCCGUUUUUCGUAGCGUGCUCAACAUUCGGUGCAUUAAACGGUGCAAUCUUCGCUUCUUCAAGAUUAUUUUUCGUUGGUGCACGUAAUGGUCAUUUACCUACUGCCAUAGCACUUAUUAAUGUACAAAAUCUAACACCAAUGCCUUCUCUUAUAUUUCUGUGCAUUAUCACCCUGGCACUUCUGAUCAUAGAGGAUGUCUAUGUGCUGAUCAAUUAUGUUAGCUUCGUUGAAGCACUAUUCACCACGCUCUCAGUAUCUGGCCUCUUGUGGCUACGUUACAAACGGCCCGAUCUUCACCGACCGAUAAAGGUAUCUAUAGCGUUACCCGUAAUUUUCUUUAUAAUUUGUACAUUUUUGGUUAUUCUUCCUUGCUACGUUUCACCAUGGGAAGUAGGAGUAGGAAUAAUUAUUAUUUUAUCGGGAAUUCCUGUAUAUUCGAUUUUUAUAUACUGGAAAAACAAACCAAUGUGGCUAGUGUCGGCGUCACACGAUUUUAAUAUGUUUUGCGCGAAACUUUUUCUGUGUGUACAAGAAGAAAAGAAUGAUUAAGAAGGUGUAUUUUAUGGUGUUCUCUACACAAUGCAAAUACAUAUAUUUAUAAACGAUAAACUGAUCUAAAGGAGCAAUAUUUCUCUUUGGUAUGCAAUAAUUAUAUUAAUGGAAGUUCCUCUUGGCCAUAAUAAUUAAUAAUGUAUGAAGUAGAAUGAAUGAUUAUGAGUGGAUGAAGUCAAUUGUGAAUAUUUUACAAUUUGUAUAUAUAUAUAUAUAUAUAUAUAUAUAUAUAUAUAUAUAAAAUGUCAAUGAUGUUCUCAAAAUACUGCCAAAUUUGCAAAAUUUAAAAAUAUUUGAACAGAUCUUUUAUUUUGACGUUAUUUAAAUAGGCAAGAAAAAAAUGUAAAAAGUAAAUUAUUUCAAUUGUUGAUAUGAAUGUGAGACGAUUUUUUAUAAUUUUAUGUAAAAGUAAUUUUUUCGUGCAUUAUUUAAUGUAUCCUGACAUACUUUGCAUAUAGUUAAAAUAUUUAAUAGCGCAUUGAAAAAUUUAAUAUUAUAUAUUAGGUGCAAACGCGAUUCAUGAUAAAUUUUGCUUCAUCAUAUAUAAUUGUACAUAUGACGAUCAACUGAAUAAUAUAUAAUCUAUACUCUUGCUAAACAUUAUUAAUUAAGAUAUAUAUAUAUAAAUUUUUUACACAAAAUAAUAAUUGUAAAUAUUACGCGUGCGGCAGCCUUCGCGAGUCAAUUAUAUUUUGUUUAUUUAUAUUUAAUAAUAUAUAUUCGAUAUAUAAAUGAA